AUGCUGCGAAUUGUUAUAGCUCUCCUCACACUUUCUCUUGGGACAGGAGCUGCUCCCAGGUACAUCUGCACCUACUACGAUGUCAUUGAGUACCUGAACAUCUCCUCUCACAGCAAGCUGCACACACACAUUCUGCCAAAGACGCAUUGGAAGGAUCCUCUGGAAGUGGUGAUGGAUUUUAUGCUGAUAGCAAUUCUGUCUGUGGCUGAAAAGCUCCAGACUGUCACAUUUUAUUUUGUGUUGAGCUUGGAGUGGACAAACACUUUUGCAACCUGGGACCCACGGGAUUUCUGUAACAUUUCUAAAAUUGUUCUGCCCUUGGAUUCAUUUUGGUCACCCCCAAUCUUCAUUUUGGAACGAGUGAACGAACAGAAGUCCAACUUGGAGUACAUUGUUGUCACACACAACGGCACCUUCAACACCAGCCUGCCCUUCCAGGUUACUCUGACGUGCAGCUUGAUUAUCCUCAAGUUCCCCUUUGACACGCAGACAUGCAAUGUGAGCAUCGCUUCAUUUCUCUACCCAGGUAAGUGGCAAGUUAAGUUUUACUGCAAAUAAGCUAAAUGUGCAAAAGGAAUAGCCAAGAUGGACCCUGGCUGACUCCUGGGUUCCCUUAGCAGCACCAUUCACUGUUAGGGGAGCGCUGUUUAGUUAGAGGGAAAAUAAGCUCAGAGUUGUGACGUGUUGGCAUCUCUCCCAGCAACACGUCUCCAAGCAUCUGGGAUGUUCUCUGGUUAGUCUUCUGGGAUUGGUCUUUAAAAGCCAAAUGACAGCCUUGCUGCAAGAAGCCUGCUAUUUGCUCACAUCUGAUUUUUGCUUUCCUCGUGUGCACGUAAACUUGGUUGGGAAGAAGAGGAAAUAACUGAUCUCUGAUAGAAAGCUCAAUUCUGCCACUUCUCUCCUCUCCCCUUGCCCAAACAGUAACAGCCCUUUCCAUGAAAGUGAAACGGACACCAGCUGAGAUGAUGAUAAACAGCCAGAGCUUCUUCCUAACUGAUGGAGAAUGGAAGUUCACCAACCUGAGCAUCAAUGAAUACAUGGAAGAAUUAGAUGAUGGAGAAUUUCCUGUGAUCACCUAUAUGAUUUCCAUGGAGAGACGACCCACUCUGUAUAUUCUGAACCUCAUCCUCCCAACAUGUGCCCUGUAUCUGCUUGACAUGGCCGUGUUGUUUGGACCCAGCUCUCUCGAGGAGAAAAUCAGUUUCCAGAUUUCCAUCAUUCUUGGCAGCUCCAUGUUAGCUGUGAUUCUCAACAACAUGCUUCCAACUUCCUCCAACGAACCACCCAUAAUAGGUACUCAUCUUUAUUGAAUAAAUACUGAGUUUUACACAGGUAACAACUCUAAGAAAAUCAUUUGGCACUUAUGGACACAUUCAUGAGCAGUGAUAUCAUGAAAAGUGAAGCUUUACCAGCUGGCUGCAGUUUCCUCCUUUCUCAGGGGGAUUACAGAUUCAAGGAAAUUAAUGCCUAUUAUCAAAUGCCUCAUUUGCUUUCCUAUUGUUUUGCAGUGCUCUUUUUCUUAGGCACCUUCCUGCUAAUGAUCAUGGCUGUGCUAGACACCUUCUUCCUGCUGCACCA